AUGGAUCUAGAAUGUAUCUAUAACCCCCCAGCAGUUAAGAGAAAACGGAAGAGAAACGAGACUCGAAUCCGUGAGCUUGAGCAAAAGCUUGAGGAGGUUCAACAGUCUAUUUCGAAGGAGCAAGGCGCCAACGGAUGGACAGCGCGGGCUUCGGGGGUUUCUCCAAUGACAGAGCCCAUUAAUGGCUCCUUACUGACACCUAGCCAAAUCACUGACGGGCAUUCGGGUUAUGAAUCAUCGCCUGGGAUGGCCGAGGGGCCCUUUGCAAAGGGGUAUGUCAAGGAUGAUCCUAUAUCGCGCGGCAUUGUUGAAGAAUCCUUGGCGGACAAACUCUGCAUAGUGUUUUGCACGGAAAUGCUCCCUCAUUAUCCCCUGAUCUUACCCCCCGCACCAAUCUCAUACCAGACUCUUCGCGAUGAUCGACCUGCAAUUCUCCGCGCAAUCAUAGCAACAGCAUCAAGCAUUUGUGCACCUGACCUUUGGAAAUCCUUGUUCCAGGAUGCUGAACGCUACAUUAUGGAGCAGGCGCUGAUGAGAGGCCGGAAAAGCCUAGAUCUUAUUCAGGCGGCAUUACUUCUUGCCACCUGGAGUCAUCCGCCCAAGAAAUUUGAAGACCUUAAUUUUGGCCAGUUCGUCAACAUCGCGGCGACCAUGAUACUUGAUUUGCGGUCAUCGAAUGAUCCACAGUAUCUGAUUUCAUCUGAUUUUGUGGCAGCAUCAACAGAGGGCUCAUUGGAAGUUGCGAGAACAUUCUUGGCAUGCUACUUGCUCUCUUCUAGCGUAGCAAUGUCCUUACGUCGAUCCAAUACCAUGCCAUACAACUCCUGGAUUCGAGACUGUCUUGCUGUUUUGAAUUCCACUGCAACCACACAUAUCGGCGACCGUCGAUUGGUAGCAUGGGUUCACCUGCAGAAGCUGGCGGAAGAGACCCUGGCUAUAGCUGGGAUUGAUGGAAACUCAUCGGGAAGGUCUACAGAUUCGCGAACUCUUCUCAUCCUCAAGAGCGGCCUGGAAAGAGUAAAGGCCUGGAGACAGACGGUCCCCGACGAUAUUAUGCACGACACUCUUGACAUUCACUAUCAUGUGAUACUCUUGAACCUUUCGGAACCCGGGCUGCAUGGCAAGCAUAACGCCAAUGACUUCCGCCCCCCUUACGCUAUAAACACAAGACCCACCGCCUAUCCAUUAAUACAAAACCAACCACAAUUUAUUGAUGCACGAAUGGAAUGUUUGGAAGUCGGCCGUAAGAUGAUGCAGAUCUUUAAGCAUAUGUCUGCGGAGACCGUACGCCAGAAGCCUGUGAUUACUUUCACAAGGAUCAUGUAUGCUGCUGUCAUUAUUGUUAAACUGGCCGUGUUUGAAGGGCCAGAUUCCAAGGAGUCUCACUCAUCAGAGGUAGACUCGGACAUGGAAGUCCUUCGUCAAGUCCUCGACAAACUGGUAUCAGCCGCUGAAGGAUCACGGUACCUCGUCCCAGCAACAUUUUGUGCAGUCCUUCGAAGAUUGCUCACUCGAUGUGCUCAGAGGGAUUCGCAGCCAACCAAUGGACAUGAUGCACUCAUAGAACCCCUUACCAAUCUGGAACUGGAAGACUCGCCGGCCGAACAUUCAUCAACUCAUUCGCUUGUAGAUCCAGUUAUCCGAAUUCCCCCUUAUCUACCAGAAGAGGAACAUCAAGUCUCUGAUAGUGAACCGCCUUCCCUCGGCAUGGAGAUUCCAGCCCCUUCAAACCCAUUUACAUUAUUUGAUGCCUAUGUGGAGAGUCCACCAGAUGAUGUAGCUGCUGCCAUGUUCUGGAAUAACUUUCUCAACGAGGCUUCGUUCUGA